AUGAUUGGGGAGGAGCCUAGACCGAGUGACCCCACGCUGCAGGAAGAUUGGGACGAGCGCUCCUCGGCUGGCUACUAUUUGAUGUCGCAGAGUUUGGAGCUGAACCAGCGUCACCACGUCAUGCACCUGCUGCCGGAGGUUGAAUGCGGUCCGAAGGCGUGGACCGUGUUGAAGGAGCUGCACGCCCCGACCUCCGUUGUCGCAACGUUGAUGCUGGAGAGGGAGCUGUCCGCGUUGCGCCUGAGCGAGGGAGAGCCGGUGCAACCAGUCCUGGACAAGAUGCGCGACCUCUACGCAAAGUUGGCGACCGCGGGGGAAUCACUUACGGAGCAGGACCAAGUGCUUGAAGAUGCUCUCGCUGCUGCCAGAAUCGUGGCUUCAAUUUACGAGCGGAUUGAGCCUGCCGCAGAACCAGAGCUUGUGGACGCUCGAGUGGGUGCGGACGAAGAUUCUGGAGGAGGACUUCCGUCGCCGCCAACUGAGGGGUGGGGACGACGGGCAGAAGCGGCUACGGAAUGCAAGGGAACCGACGUGGCAGAGGACGUGGCUUCGGUGGUGCUGGGCGCGGUGCAAAGAAGGACGACGACUCCAACGACCAACAAGGAGGGGUACGGUUGGGGUCGCGGUGCGAAAUCUGGACGGGGGGGGGCAAAUCGGAAUCGUCACCAGGAUGGCGGCGCGCGAGGAACGGAGGCACCAGAAAAAACGGCGCCAACAUGGUCGCUGAUUCGUCCGACAACAACCCGAAGGGCAACGGCGGUGCGGAGAAGAAAGAAGAAGAAGGAGCGCACCGCGGGCCAAUUCUUCCAUGUGGGAGACAAGGGGGAGCAAGGAGACGCCUCUGCCAAAGUUGGAGCAGAGCUGCACCCUAUAGACUAUUGGGUGUUGGACACAGGCGCUGCUUGGACGAUGACGCCGCGCAAGGACCUGCUGGACGAAGUACGAGCUGCACCGAUCAAUGAAGUGUGCUCCGCCUCUGGACACAUGUUGAAGGUGGCUGGUGCGGGACGAGCUGCGUUUAAGGGAGCGGAUGGCAAGCCGGUGGUGCUGCACGACGUUCUCUUCGUCCCCGACCUGAAGGCCAACCUUAUCUCCCUCCGUAAGCUUGGCAAGGCUGGGGUGAACACCAACACGGAUGGGGCACGCACUUAUAAGGGGAAGCUGGGCAAUCGGGUGCUUUGGGAUCUGCACGAGAGCAAGGACGUGGGGAGUGCAAUGCCGUUGGAGGGGUUGGUGUGA